AUGCUUUUUUUUUUAUCUUUUGCAGACCCAGUAAGUGCUUUAGAGCAUGCUUUGCAAAUCCAAAAGAAGGCACAUCGAGUACAAGACUUAGAAAUCGAAAACAAACAACUUCGAGAAACAUUAGAUGAAUAUAACCACGAGUUUGCAGAAGUGAAAAAUCAAGAGGUGACAAUAAAACAAUUAAAAGAAAAGUUAAAAGAACAUGAAGAAAAACUUGAAUCUACUGCAGACAGUCGAGCCAAAGAAAAAGAACGGGAACUGCAAAGAAGUUUUACAGAAAAGGAACGCCAACUUCAGGAAACUCAGCUGACAGUCGCAAAGAAACUUGGAGAAGCUGAACAAAAGAUUUCAUCUCUACAAAACUCUGUGGAAAGCUUACAAAGUGAGUUAUUUGAAGCUAAAGCUAAACAUGAUGAGACUACAACUGCAAAAUCUGAUGAAAUGGAAAUGGUUAUGGCCGAUCUAGAACGAGCCAAUGAGAGGGCUGCUGCAGCUGAACGUGAAGUAGAACAGCUUCGAAUUCAAUUUACUUCUGCUACAACUAAUCAGAGAGAAGAAGAUCAGAUGCAGAAAUCAUCAGACAUGGAGCAGGCUAUUGAUAUUUUGAAACGUUCUAAUCUGGAAGUAGAACUAGCAGCUAAAGAGAAGGAGAUUGCUCAGCUUGUUGAAGAUGUACAGAGAUUACAAGCAUCUUUAACUAAAUUGAGAGAGUCUACAGCUUCUCAGAUUGCUGCUCUGGAAGAAGAGUUGUCUUUAAAGAGUAAGGCUGUUCAUGUUUUGGAAGAAAAACUGAAAUCUCAGGAAGAUUAUGAAGAGGUCAAACGAGAACUCAAGGUUUUGAAAUCUCUUGAGUUUAACAAUGAAGUUAAAGAAGAAGGAAGGGGCAAGUCUCUAGAAAUUCUUCUUCUUGAGAAAAACAAAGCUCUACAAUCUGAGAAUACUACUCUUAAAGUAAACAGCACAGAAUCCACAGGUAGGUGGUUUGGCGUUUGGUUUGAGUGUUUUUUUUUUUAA